CGUGACGCGCCUUCCACCAAUCCCGGCUCGGCUCCCUCCAACCCUCUUGAACGGCCUGGAUUUCUGUUCCGUCCGCCCGGAGUGGAUUCCCUCUGAGGGGAAACCGGGGCAGGAAGGGAGUUCGAGUGUGUGUCGUGUGAGGGAGACGGAGAAGAGGUGGAGGGGUGUGGCGUCGACGGGCCCAGCGGCGGCGCCGGGAAAAUGGCGGCGGCGGCGGCGGCUGCAGCGGCGGCUGCUCCUCCGGUGAACCUGCGGCAGGGAGACUUAGUGUGGGGGAAGCUGGGCCGAUAUCCUCCUUGGCCAGGGAAGAUUGUUAAUCCGCCUAAGGAUCUGAAGAAGCCUCGUGGGAAGAAGUGCUUCUUUGUCAAGUUUUUUGGGACUGAAGACCAUGCCUGGAUUAAAGUGGAGCAGUUGAAGCCUUAUCAUGCCCACAAAGAAGAAAUGAUCAAAAUCAACAAAGGCAAAAGGUUCCAGCAAGCUGUCGAUGCUGUGGAAGAAUUUCUCAAGAAAGCCAAAGGCAAAGACCAGGCAUCUUCUCACAAUUCGACUGAAGAGAAGAACCGGCGGAAUUCCAGUGAAGAGAGGGGCAAGCAGUCCAUGGGUGAAGAGAAGCACAAAGCUGGGUUGUCUGAAGGAAAGGCAAAAAAGAGGGCUUCCUCCAUUUCCUCUGAACGAGGGAUCAAACCUCUGCUGAAGAGAACAUAUGAGCAGAGCCCCCGGAAGCGAGGGCGUCCCCCCAAAGAUGAGAAGGACCUGACAAUCCCUGAAUCCAGCACAGUGAAGAGAAUGAUGACCGGCACCGUGGCUGGAUUUAAAUGGCCACCAGGUGGAGGCGAGCCUGUGAAAGAUGGCGACCCGCAUUUCCAUCACUUCCUGCUUAGCCAGACAGAGAAGCCAGCUGUUUGCUACCAGGCCAUCACAAAGAAGCUGAAGGUGUGUGAAGAGGAAACCGGGUCCACAUCCAUCCAGGCAGCAGACAGCACAGCUAUAAAUGGCAGCAUCACUCCUACAGACAAGAAGAUAGGGUUCCUUGGCCUGGGCCUGAUGGGAAGUGGCAUCGUGUCCAACUUACUAAAAAUGGGUCAUACUGUUACAGUCUGGAACCGAACUGCUGAAAAGUGUGAUUUGUUCAUCCAGGAGGGGGCACGGCUAGGAAGGACCCCUGCCGAAGUGGUCUCGACCUGUGACAUCACCUUUGCCUGCGUAUCUGACCCAAAGGCUGCCAAGGAUCUGGUGCUCGGUCCAAGUGGAGUGCUCCAAGGUAUACGUCCCGGGAAAUGCUACGUGGACAUGUCCACUGUUGACGCAGAUACGGUCACAGAACUGGCCCAGGUGAUUGUAUCCAGAGGCGGUCGCUUUCUGGAAGCCCCUGUUUCAGGGAACCAACAGCUGUCCAAUGAUGGGAUGCUGGUGAUAUUAGCGGCUGGAGAUCGGGGUUUAUAUGAAGACUGCAGUAGUUGCUUCCAGGCGAUGGGGAAAACCUCUUUUUUCUUAGGCGAAGUCGGCAACGCUGCCAAGAUGAUGCUCAUUGUGAACAUGGUCCAAGGGAGCUUCAUGGCCACAAUCGCAGAAGGACUGACUCUGGCUCAAGUGACCGGUCAGUCUCAACAGACGCUUCUGGAUAUCCUCAAUCAGGGACAACUUGCCAGCAUCUUCCUGGACCAGAAGUGCCAAAACAUCUUGCAAGGAAAUUUUAAACCAGACUUCUAUUUGAAAUACAUCCAGAAGGAUCUCAGAUUAGCCAUUGCACUAGGUGAUUCUGUCAACCACCCAACUCCCAUGGCAGCUGCAGCCAAUGAGGUCUAUAAACGGGCAAAAGCAUUGGACCAAUCUGACAACGAUAUGUCUGCUGUGUACAGGGCCUACAUCCAUUAGGCAUCCCGUUCUUCUUGUUAAUACUAUGAUUAUUAUUGAUGAUGAUGAUGAUGAAUACUGGGUUUUAACUCUGGACCAGUCCUUCUCUGUCUGUCUGUCUGUCUUUUCCACCCCCACCUCCUUUUCUUUUCUUUUUUUAAUACAAAAACUUUUGGAGAUCUGCCGCUAGGGCAAUGCUGCAGCAAGCCUUUCUGUACCAGCAGUAAGAAGGGGUUGGACCCUUGACCAUCUCGACAGCAAAUCUAUGCUGCCCAAUGAGAGUCUUGGAGAAAAAAAUUGGUGGCAGGUGGCUCUGCUUGGCCUUCUGGUUCUCAUCCAUUUCUGUGUCCCCCAAGGUUUUUUUUUUUCAUUGUUUUUAACCGCUAUUUCACUUUUUUCCCGUGGGUAAUUGUAAACGUGGGCCUGUUGUGUGCAUUAGUGGCAAUGGGAAGAGGGAAGAUGUCCCACUUCCCUGUGAACCUUUAGGGCUCUCAACUUUGAAUAGGAUGGCAACUUAGCUCCUGAAAGGAGGGGGUGGCAUGAAAAUCAAUACAAAGUAUGCUUCACUUCAUUAACUCAUUGCUGUUUCUGAGGAUAAAAACUGAUUCUAUCCAUCUGUGCUUUUACCCAUAGAAAGAUUGAUCUACCCUGUAUAUGUUUUAAAGUGAAUGGAGAUAAAUUUCAUGGUGUCUUCCUAGUGUAUUACAUCAGGCUGCAGGCCCAUCAGAUACACACCUGUCAUUGUUUGAAGGUUUGGGUUCUUCUCGUGUUGCUAAGGUUAUUUAUAGGACUAGGAAAGAGCUUAGCCCAAACUCUAAAACCUCAUAAACCUGUGGCCAGGCCUUCCUUUCUUCAAAGAGAAGAAAUGUCUAUUUCACAGCAAAAAGGGGAGCACCAACUAGUGAAUCCUGUGUGCGUAACUGAAGACUUGAAGUAACUGAAGUCCCAACAAGGCUCCACAAUCCAUUGGCGAAAUUGUGGAUUUUCCCAAGGGCUGGUUAAUCAGGUGCCUGUGUUACAUUCAUAUUGUGGUAAAGUUUAUGGAGAAGGGCUUCUGCUGAUGAGGCCUGUUACAAUGCUAUAGGAAACAAAGAAUCUUAAAGAGAUUUUGAAUGACUUGGUCAUCACUCAGUAAAGGCAAGCUUUUUGAACCCAAAAGAUCUUAACAACGUACAUCCCUAACAAAAAGAGCCAGUGGCACACCAAACAGUUUUGACCUCUCCCUGUUGGCUCUUUAAUUUUUAGAUUGAAAAGAUUUAUAGAGAGAGGUUGUACACACAGCAAAAAAAAAAAAAAAAGCAAACCAGUAACAUUACAAAGAUUUUUGAAAAUCAGGUGCUUCUGUUUUAAAGCUCCUAUCAGUAUUAUUCCUCAAAAGAGCUUCCUUUCUUACAGCUUAAGAAAACCUGGCUGGCGGGGAUUGUGCAUUGGGUUUCACAUGAGAAAGUGGCUGCAUUUGUCAAACUUAUGUAUCUUGAAUUUAAGGCGCACAUAGUGAAUGGAUCAGAUUGAACUCUGUGCCCAUGUGCAAAGGUGGGAUGCAACCCUUCAACAUCAGGUGAGGUGAGGAACCAUGAGGAUUCAGAACCCAAGGGGUUUAUGUUGUGUUUCAGACUCCAGAAAUGGAGCCCAUCCAGCUUGUGUCCUGGUUCUUCAUGAACAUAAUGCUUCUCGGGUCACUUUGUCUUCCAAUGGAUAGACAUUCCUCAUGGGAAAGGAAGCAUGAUGUUCCUCAAUGGCAGCUUUUCUCAACCAGAUAACACCCCCCCCCCCCCCCGGAUGCGUAAGCCCACAAACCUUAUAAUCCCCACUCAGUGAAGGCAAAGUGUAGUCCUAUGUGGAAAGUGGCUCUUACAGCCCCAAACAGCCAUUAGUGUUGCUUUUCUAGAGACUCGGAUUCAUCUUGUAACGGGAAAAUCACACAUAGUCAUUCCAUAGGACUGCUAGAAGAUGCUAGUCUCCGAAUGAGUGUUUGGAAGCAUUUUGAGAUUGCUUUCCAGGCUUUUGUGUAAAUUGCUGUUUGAACGACAGCCCCGUUGGCUCCUUCCAAAGGCCCUAGAGUUGUCUCCCAAAGUGUGAAGUUUGUUCAAGUAAUAACAGAUCCCAGAAAUGCUUUUUUCCUCCUUUUAUCUUCCAGUAAAAUUAAGUUGGGAAUGGAGGUAAAAGAGAAUGGUAGUGUCUUCCAAUAAAGGCCUUUCUCUUGUGGGUUGUUUAGCAGUGAGAAGAAAGAUAUGCUGAAGUGUAUAACGCUUCCUAUGGGAACUAUACAGUUACUGAUAAUUAAGGAAAAGGAUAUUGUGAGAUAGAAACGAAGCUUGGAAUGCCUUUGAUGCCAUUUCAAAAGGAUAGUCAUGUUUUCCACCUUGAUAGCAAAACAGUAAAGAGUGUGUGGUGCCUUAACAUUAUGGCAUAAGCUCUCUAGGGUCAGAAUAGUCCUGAUUUGCCCUCAUAGCAUUUUAUAUUUCAUAGUUUAAAGUGCCCAAGACUCUAAUUCAAUGCUAUGAGGUUUCUCCCUGCUCCACAAGCCACUUUUCCUUCAAAACCUUUGCCUUGUUCAGAUCCCACUUGGUGAUGGUGCAGAAGAUGACGCACGGAUUGCAAGAGAAUAUAAUGGGACUGGCUUAGUCUUUGUUGUCUUAAUAUUGUUGAGAAGACUGUAAAGUUCCUUUUAAAUGGGGAUUUCUGUUUUAGCCAUUGCUUUUUCUCCCUCCUUCCCUUCCCUUUUUAAAGAGAAAAGACAAUGUGACACUUGUGGAAAGCUUGUAAGGAAAAAAAAGCAGUUUUUUUUCUUUUUAAAUCCUUCUCUUUUGAUGACCGAUCUAUAGGUAAUUAAGGUUGUGAAUUUUUUUUUAAUUUUUGCCUUGUUUUUAAUUAACCCUUGUCAUUCAGAAUAGGAUGUGUGGUGAUGAUUAAAUGGCAAAAACAGAAGAAAUGAUUUUUCUUUUCUUGUGCAAUUAACAAAGCUACUGGCAAAAGGAAAUAAAACCUUUCUUGGUAACAAAA